AGACUACAUGAGAGAACAGCCUGGGUAUCUUUUCUAAUAUUUAUUAGUUUAUUAUAGUGUCAACUGAAAUAUUAUACUGUGUUUUACAGAGAAGGCAUGAGACGCAUCUGGAGGAAUACUGUCAACUGACUUCAACAGCCUGCAAGAGGCCAUCAGAAGGUGGAACAGGCUUCAAGGCGAAGCAACUGAAGCUGCUGGAGACCAAGCAGGUGUCUCAAAAGACGGUUGAUCGGGCUAUCCUCCGCUUCAUCGUUCAAGGUCUCCAGCCCUUCUCCCUGGUUGAGAAACCAUCCUUCCAAGACCUUAUUGUAGAAUUACAACCGAGUAGUGCCGUCAUGUCCCGCACAACUGUGCGGCGCAAGAUUGAUUCAGCUACAUCUAAAAUGAAAGAACGUCUCAAGAACAAAAUGAAAAUGGUACCAUACAUUGCCACCACUACUGAUUGUUGGACGGCCAGGAGAAGGAGCUUUAUAGGUGUAACAGCCCACUGGCUCGAUCCUUGCAGUUUUGAACGCCGUUCAGUUGCCCUUGCUUGCCGUCAACUAAGGGGCUCCCACACAUUCAAUGCCUUGGCAGCUGUUUUGACCGACAUUCAUGCAGAGUAUGAAAUAAGUCUAAAGGUUGUUAGAACUACAACAGACAACGGGUCGAAUUUCGUCAAAGCGUUCCGUGUCUUUGGUCAGCAGGAUGAGAAUAACAAUGAAGAGUUAGUUGCAGAAGGCACAAUCGAAGAAGUAGUAGUAGGAGAAGAUUGUGAUGCAUCUGAUGGUGAAGAGGAGGUGGAAUUCAUCGAUGUGGAAGCCAUUCUGGAGGAAGAUGAUGGUCUUCAGUAUCAGCUGCCGAAACAUCAUCGGUGUGCAUGCCACACACUAAAUUUAGUUUCCACAGUCGAUGUUGAUCGGGCUAAUAAGACAGAAGCUUACAAGAAAUUGUCCAGAUCAGCCUUUUCUAAGUGCCAGGCACUCUGGAAUAAAGCAUCAAGGUCUCCUCAAAAUGCAGAGCUUAUAGAGGAACACUGUAAGCUUCACUUGGUACAGCCUAAUUCAACUCGAUGGAACUCCUCUUUCAUGGCCGUGGAACGUGUGGUCAGAAUCAUUAGAGACCAAGGAGAGGGGUCUGUGAGAACGGUCUGUGCUGCACUCAAUGUUCCAAUGUACAGUCCGGCUGACAUAGCCUUUUUAGGGGAAUAUGUCACCACCAUGAGUCCAGUUGCGAAGUCCUUGAACAUACUACAAGGAGAAGUCAACGUUCAGAUGGGCUGGCUGCUCCCGACAAUCACCACCCUCACAACCAAGCUUGAAAAGUCCAGACCGUCACUCAGAUUUUGCAAGCCUCUUGUUGAUGCUCUUCUUGAAGGUUUGAGGAAGCGGUUUGAGAGCAUGAUGUCAGAGCCAGAGCUAAUUGCAGCAGCCAUUCUCGUUCCAAGGUUCAAAACCUCCUGGACCAGCAAUGACACAGUCCUACAGCUUGGUCUUAGUUACAUCAAGGAACAUCUGCCAGAACACGAUGAAGGUCUUCGGUCUCCUGAUACCACAUCAACCUCUUCUGAUGAAGAUGACUUCUUCACCAAUGUCAAGCAGACGCAUUCCCAUGAGAUAAGUAAGCAACUUGAUGGAUACCUAUCCGCUACAGCUGAAGGAGUGAAUACACUGGCCCCCUAUCCAGCUGUGCGUAACCUCUCACUAAAGCUCAACACAGCCCUUCCAGCUUCAGCAGCGUGUGAACGGCUUUUUAGCAUAGCAGGUUUGCUUUUCACCCCAAGAAGGGGAUCAAUUCAUUCACAGAAUUUUGAGAACCAACUUCUUCUCAAGUUGAACAAGGACUUCAUGACAUUUGAUUGAAUUGAAGUCCUGUACACACACACACACACACACACACACACACAGAUUGUGAUCAGCUGAUUGCCUGAUUUUCUUUAAUCAUUAUUAUUUUCUCUUCUUUGCUCUAUGCUGCGUGUAUAACACUGUCAGGUUCAGAGGUGUGUCACUCAGGACAUUGCUAUAUUGCCUCCUUUGCUGGUUUAGGUUUAUUGAUUUCAUUGAUGAAACUCACAUGUACACACAAUUGUUAGCUGAAAGUUCUUUUCUGAUAUUACACAUUAAUGUAAGCCGAGCAUUUGGUUUGAUGUUCUUUAGUAUGCGGUGUGUUUAACACAGUCAGGUUCAAAUGUGGGUGCAAAAAAUCCAUUCAAGCUCUAGCAGAGGUUUGUCAGAGCGUUGCCAUUGUGCUACUGCCUUGUGAGAAAUGUUAAAUAAAGCAACAUGGUAAAAAGAUGAAAAUGACUUGAUUUUACUUUCAAUUCCUUUUACAUUC